AUGGAAGGUGAAAAAAUAAAAUCAAAUAGUGUUUCCAAUUUUUCUAUAACAUAUGAAAGAGAAUCAGGGGCCAACAGCGACAGUGAUGAUAAAAGCUUAAGAAGUAGCGAUAAUGAAUCAAACUCAUUUAUGAAUUUGACUAGCGAUAAAAAUGAGAAAGCAGAGAACAAUAGUUUUAUUUUAAAUAAUAGUAGUUUUGCAAAUAUGAAAGAUAGUUUGCUAGAAUCUAUAGAUUUGAGUGUAUUAGACUCAAACUUUGAUUCCAAGAAAGAUUUUUUAUCCAGUAAUUUAUCAAAAAAUUUUAACAGUUUAUCGAAAGAACACCUGAGUAGUAAGUAUUUAAAUAAACUUUUAAAUAAAAGUGAUUCUAUAUUUAUGUCUAAGAAUAAAGACAUGCAUUUAAUGGAAAAUAAUGUUGGUAGUAAUAAUAUUCCUGUAAAAAAUAACAACAAAAAGGAAGGAUUUAUGGAUUCAACAACCCCUGUAAAUGUGAACGAAGAUAAUGCAAUAAAUAAUCUAAAAAAAUAUAGCAAUGCUAAUAAUAUAAAUAAUACAUAUGAAAAAAAAAUAAUCGAAACGGAAUUAAGUGAUUCAAGCGAUUUUGAAAACAUGGUAGGGGAUCUAAGAAUUACCUUUAUUAAUUGGUUAAAAAAAACGCAAAUGAAUUUUAUCAGAGAAAAGGAUAAGCUAUUUAAGGAUAAAAAGGAAUUAGAGAUGGAAAGAAUAAGAUUGUACAAAGAAAUUGAAAAUAGAAAAUCCAUAGAAGAACAGAAACUACAAGAUGAAAGAAAAAAAUUAGAUAUAGACAUAUCAAACGGAUAUAAACAAAUUAAGAAAGAAAAAGAAGAACACAGAAAAAGAUUUGAUGAAGAAAGGCUAAGAUUUUUACAAGAAAUAGAUAAAAUAAAGCUAGUUUUAUAUUUAGAAAAAGAAAAAUAUUUUCAAGAAUAUAAAAAUUUUGAAAAUGAUAAAAAGAAAAUUGUUGAUGCAAAUAUUGCAACAGAAACUAUGAUUGAUAUAAAUGUAGGAGGUGCUGUUUUUGAAACAUCUAGACACACCUUAACACAGCAAAAGGAUUCUUUUAUAGAAAAAUUACUAAGUGGAAGAUAUCAUGUGACUAGAGACAAGCAGGGUAGAAUAUUUUUAGAUCGAGAUAGUGAAUUAUUUAGAAUCAUAUUAAACUUUUUAAGAAAUCCAUUGACAGUUCCUAUACCUAAAGAUUUAAGCGAAAGUGAAGCAUUACUUAAAGAAGCAGAAUUUUAUGGCAUCAAAUUUUUACCAUUUCCAUUAGUUUUCUGUAUGGGUGGUUUUGAUGGAGUAGAGUAUUUAAAUUCUAUGGAAUUAUUAGACAUUAGUCAGCAAUGUUGGCGUAUGUGUACACCUAUGUCAACUAAGAAGGCCUAUUUCGGUAGUGCCGUUUUGAAUAAUUUUUUAUAUGUAUUUGGAGGAAAUAAUUAUGAUUAUAAAGCUUUAUUUGAAACAGAGGUGUAUGAUCGUUUAAGAGACACAUGGUUUGUUUCUAGUAACUUAAAUAUACCCAGAAGAAAUAAUUGUGGAAUUACAUCAAAUGGAAGAAUAUACUGUAUUGGUGGUUAUGAUGGUUCAUCUAUUAUACCAAAUGUUGAAGCCUAUGAUCAUAGGAUGAAAGCAUGGGUCGAAGUUGCACCACUUAAUACUCCAAGAUCUUCAUGUAUGUGUGUAGCUUUUGAUAGUAAAAUAUAUGUUAUUGGAGGAACAAAUGGAGAAAGAUUAAAUUCAAUAGAGGUAUAUGAUGAAAAAAUGAAUAAAUGGGAACAGUUUCCCUAUGCUUUGCUAGAAGCAAGAAGCUCCGGUGCUGCCUUUAAUUAUUUAAAUCAAAUAUAUGUUGUUGGAGGUAUUGAUAAUGAACAUAACAUUUUAGACUCCGUUGAACAGUAUCAACCUUUUAAUAAAAGAUGGCAAUUUUUGAAUGGUGUUCCAGAAAAAAAAAUGAAUUUUGGUGCAUCCACAUUAUCUGAUUCCUAUAUAAUUACAGGUGGUGAAAAUGGAGAUGUUUUAAAUUCAUGUCAUUUUUUCUCACCAGAUACGAAUGAGUGGCAAAUAGGACCACCACUACUUGUUCCCAGAUUUGGGCAUUCUGUACUAAUUGCAAAUAUAUGA